AUGGACUUGGUCAUUCGAUGUUUGUAUAGGAUUUUCUGGAGUGAUCCACGGAAACACUUUUUGUUCCUGUCUAUGUGUUUAUUUCCUACGUGUUUUUACGUGAACCGUCAUCAAAUCGAAACUGUGAUUAUGGGCUUAGAUGCAAGCAUAGCUCCGAACGCUGCUGGUCGAAUCCAAGACUUGUCUAGUGUACAAACUUUGAUGGAUCUCAAUCAUGUUGCUUCUAUUCUCCGCGGCGGAACUCUUCCCCGUCAAUCUCGAAUCCUCACCGCGACCUCUCUUAUUUUAACGGGAUUUUACUGCUCUAUAUGUUUUAUCGUUCUCAAAAACAUCUACUUCUUUCCCCUGGCUCUUUCAAAGAUAUACGCUAACGGUCGGUGUUCGACGCUACUGUUGCUGAUAUCAAACUGUCUUGCAACGUACUCCACGGCCAUCACCAUCCUGGCGCCAUCAAUCGUAAAUCUGUAG